UCUUAGCCCGCCUCAAAUUGAGGUCUGAUGAUUCGUUACCGCCAGAUAGAAGAAGAUCAUCGAUCAUUGCCGAGCCAUAAAGCCUCGUGUCAGGGCUGUUAAGUCGCUAGCCAGAGUCGUUGGUGAAGAAAUCUGCAUUUGCGUCGCAUGUUGCGAAUGAACCCAUUCGCUGUUUGUUUCUUUUUGGUCAGAAGCGGUAACUUCAUCCAAUAUCAAUUAUCCAAUUAUGCAGCGAAGGGAUGGUCUGUCGACAAACCAACGUCUCGAAAUGUUGGCGGGUCAGGAUUAGACUGGGGGCUGUGGAAGGGUCAUUACUCGGGAGUGGUGACUGAAACACUUGUUCCAUUGCCUGGCCCCCUCUUCCAUUCUGUCAGCAAAAGACGGCGCUCGCUGGUUCAGUGCGUCUGGGGGUGCCGGAUGCGGAGACGCGUUGCCGGGCGCGGUCGAAUCUUUUGUGACUUUCCUAUAUGGACCAAAUUUUUCGGGGCCAAGAACAUAGGUUGAGUAUCCAAACGAUAUCAAGAUCCGUAUCCGUCCGUACCGUGAAGUUUAUGGCCUCUCCCGCUUCUGUUGAGGGCCUGUGUGUGUGUGGAGAGAGAGAGAGAGGAAGCCGAGGAAUAAAAUUGAUUGUCCAGGGCAGAAUUACACCUUGAAAGUACAGAGCAUUCAGGACAUGCGAUUAACAAUGGUGCCUA